AUGAUAACGCUUACUCAAACAGUUUUGAUACUCUACACGCUGAGUCAACUAGGUCACGGCACUGGCGAUUCCGCGGGACAACCAACGGACGAAAUCGAGUGUGGUGUACGAUUCAGAGUGAAGCCUCCGGGGAACUGGCCUUUCCAUGUCUUACUGGUAACAUAUCCGGCGUCCCCUUCGCUAGCGGCAGUAGUUUUAUGCGGAGGGACAGUGAUCGGGAUGCGAACCGUACUGACCGCGGCGCAUUGUGUACUUGGUUCGAAUAGACGUCCAGUGAAUGUAUCGUCGGUAGUCAUUUAUGCUGCAAUAUACAAUUUAAGUUCUUUGGAAAGCACUCCGCGGCAUUCCGUUGAAUCAAUUAUUAUCCAUCCCGAGUACAGCACGGACACGUUAACGAAUGACGUGGCAUUGUUGAGGUUGGAUGACAUUGUUGGAUAUAAUCAAUUGGUUCAACCGGUUUGCUUGUGGCCAUCGGAUAGGAGUGGUUCACGAAAAAUUGAGCUUGUGGAAGCGACCGCCAUUGGAUGGGGAAUCGAUGCGACUGGCUCGUUUUCGAAUGCUCUGAAAGAAUGCAAUCAACGAUUGCCAUCGAUGGACGAAUGCCGAAUGCAAUUUGGUAGGAUUCUGCUACGGAAUGAAUCACUUUUUUGUGCACGUACAAAAGUCUGUCGAGGAAGUGGAGGUAGUGGGUUGUACGUUCAACGAAAGGGUCGCAUGUAUCUCAGAGGAAUCGUCUUACUUGGACCACCAACUAGCGCUAGUAGCAGAUGUGGGGACAACAAGUUAACAGUUUUCUUAGACAUGGGAAAGCACUACGACUGGAUUCGACAGCAACUUUUUAAUGAUUUAAAAUAA